AUGGAGCUGUCGUCAUUAAAAACAAAUGACGAAAGCAACCAAAUCAGCAACAAUAACAACAACAACUGCAGCAACGACAGCAUAAAUAUAAAUAGCAUCAGCAAUAGUAAAGAAACUCGUCUUCAUGUCAUGGACAAAAGAACACAAAUUCGUUUCCUAAUUGAUUCGGGAUCAGUGGUCUCAGUUAUUCCACGUUCUACAAUCAAGUGCAACAACAUUGCUGGUGACUUUACACUGUUUGCUGCAAAUCAAACUGUUAUCCAAACAUAUGGUGAUCACAUAAUUAAUGUGGACUUUGGACUACGUCGACCAUUCAUGUGGUCAUUCACCGUUGCUGACAUCAAAACACCUAUUAUUGGUGGAGAUUUUUUAACUCAUUAUAAUUUACUCAUUGACUUAAAAAAGCAAAAGCUCAUCGAUGCUGAAACACAAUUCUCAGCACAUGGUGUAGCUAAAAAAACAACAGAAUUUGAAUAUAUUGAUAUCACAAUCUCACCUGUAAAACAAGAAGCAUCUGUCAACUCGUCAGUAGCUCAUCAUAUAGAAACUACUGGUCAACCAGUGUCAGAUCGUCCUCGUCGUAUCUCUGGUGAAAAAUUGGCUGCAGCAAUAGCUUAA